UGAACAAACACAUUUUUGGCGGGAAGCAUUUUCAUUAUUUUCCCCGCAUUUCCCGGCAAUCAGCGUCUCUGAAAACAACUUUCCCCAGCAGCUGUCCUCGGUUUAUUGUUCAUUGUUGCAAACACAAAAGAAGCAAGCGCAAAAUGGCUCGACGUGACUAUGCCCAGGAUCGAGAAUCCAUCAAGACCUUCCUGUCGGAAUUCUGCAAGUGCGACGACGAUGGCAAGAAGGAGUUCGUCUACGGCUCUCAGUUGGUUAAACUGGCCCAUCGGGAGCAGGUACUGAUCACCAUCGACCUGGACGACCUGGCGGAAUUCAACGAGAGUCUCGCGGAGGCGGUGAUCGACAAUUGCCGGCGUUAUGCCUCGAUUUUCAGCGAUGUGAUUGCCGAACUGCUGCCCAGCUACAAGCAGCAGGAGGUGCACGCCAAGGAUGCCCUGGAUGUGUACAUUGAGCACCGCCUGAUGAUGGAGACGCGCACGAGGAAUCCCAUGGAGCAGCGCGACGAGCGGAACAGCUUCCCCGCGGAGCUAAUGAAGCGAUUCGAAGUGGGCUUCAAACCCCUGUCCACGGAGAAAGCGCACUCCAUUCGCGAGGUGAAGGCCCAGCACAUUGGCAAACUGGUCACCGUUCGCGGCAUCGUCACCCGCUGCACCGAGGUCAAGCCCAUGAUGGUGGUGGCCACCUACACCUGCGAUCGCUGUGGCUCCGAGACCUAUCAGCCCGUCAACUCGCUCUCCUUUACGCCCGUCCACGAUUGUCCCUCGGACGAUUGCCGGGUGAACAAGGCGGGCGGCAGGCUUUACCUACAGACGCGUGGCUCCAAGUUCGUCAAGUUCCAGGAGGUCAAGAUGCAGGAGCACAGCGACCAGGUGCCCGUGGGCCACAUCCCACGCAGCAUGACCAUCAUGUGCAGGGGUGAAGUCACUCGAAUGGCCCAGCCAGGCGAUCAUAUCGUGGUAUCCGGUGUGUUUCUGCCACUGAUGCGCACGGGUUUCGCCCAGAUGAUUCAGGGUCUGCUCUCGGAGACAUUCCUCCAAGCUCACCGCAUCAUUUGCAUCAACAAGAACGACGAGAUCUCGGACAAGGACGCCGAGCUGACGCCCGAUGAGCUGGAGGAGCUGGCCCAGGAUGACUUCUACGAGCGCCUGGCCACCAGCCUGGCCCCCGAAAUCUACGGCCAUUUGGACGUGAAGAAGGCGCUGCUGCUGCUCCUCGUCGGAGGCGUAGACAAACGCCCCGAUGGCAUGAAGAUUCGUGGCAACAUCAACAUCUGUCUGAUGGGCGAUCCCGGUGUGGCCAAGUCGCAGCUGCUGGGCUACAUCAGCCGGUUGGCCGUGCGAUCGCAGUACACAACGGGUCGCGGAUCCUCGGGCGUGGGUCUUACGGCUGCGGUGAUGAAAGAUCCGCUUACGGGCGAGAUGACUUUAGAAGGAGGAGCUCUUGUUCUCGCAGAUCAAGGAGUUUGCUGCAUUGACGAGUUCGAUAAGAUGGCCGAUCAGGAUCGAACGGCCAUACACGAGGUGAUGGAGCAGCAGACCAUCUCGAUAGCCAAGGCGGGCAUCAUGACCACCCUGAAUGCACGCGUUUCCAUUCUGGCCGCCGCCAAUCCCGCCUUCGGACGCUACAAUCCCCGUCGCACCGUCGAGCAGAACAUCCAGCUGCCCGCUGCUUUGCUCUCGCGUUUCGAUCUGCUGUGGCUCAUCCAGGACCGACCGGAUCGGGACAACGAUUUGCGGCUGGCCAAGCACAUCACGUACGUGCACAGCCACAGCAAACAGCCGCCGACGCGGGUCAAGGCUCUGGACAUGAAUCUCAUGCGGCGCUACAUCAACCUGUGCAAGCGCAAGAAUCCAACCAUUCCGGACGAGCUAACCGACUACAUUGUGGGCGCCUAUGUGGAGCUGCGUCGGGAGGCGCGCAACCAGAAGGACAUGACCUUCACCUCGGCCCGUAAUCUACUCGGUAUCCUGCGCCUGUCCACCGCUUUGGCUAGGUUGCGUCUCUCCGACAGCGUGGAGAAGGAUGAUGUUGCGGAGGCACUGCGUCUGCUGGAAAUGUCCAAGGAUUCGCUGAACCAGAUCCACGAGCACCAGAAGGGACAUGUUCCCAACACAUCGGAUCGCAUUUUCGCCAUUGUCCGCGAACUCGCAGGCUCUGGAAAGGCCGUCAAGAUCGGCGACAUCAUGGACCGCUGCACCACCAAGGGCUUUAAACCCGACCAGGUGGACAAAUGCAUCGACGACUACGAGGAGCUCAAUGUGUGGCAGGUCAACAUGGGACGCACGAAGAUCACCUUCAUGUAGAUCGCCUCUUUC